AGCUCCAGGUUCUCGCGGGCACUUCCGCUGGGGGAGUGGGAGGUUGCUCCUGAAUUUUCUAUGGGAGCGGUGCGUCAGUUCCGCCUCUCCCAGCGCUUCCAAACUUCCUGAAUCUGUGCUUGGAACCUGCAGCGGCAGGGCGGCUUAGGGGGGAAAAAAGCCUGAGCGGAGCACGCAGCCUGAUUUCUCAGAAAGGGCUGCACAGAGGUGGAAAGAGUGACUCCCCUGGCUACUGACAGCAAAGUUCCACCUCUACACCCAACGUGGGGCCCGAACUCACAACCCGGAGAGCAAGAGUCACACGUGCCAUCGACUGAGCCAGGUGCCCCUGUUCUUGAUGCUUUUGAAGAGUGUAGAGGCCCCCCACCAGGCGCCGUUCUGCCUUCCUGGGAUCUGUGCAACUCUGCGCUCUGCACACUACCAGAAGUAGGAGGACCCGUGACCAUGUUCAAGGAGGCAGUGACAUUCAAGGACGUGGCUGUGGUCUUCACGGAGGAGGAGCUGGGGCUGCUUGACCCCGCCCAGAAGAAGCUGUAUGGAGACGUGAUGCUGGAGAACUUCCGGAACCUGCUCUCUCUGGGUGAGGACAGGCGCUCUCACCGCCUCUUCAAACAUGAUACAUUCCGCUUAGAGAAGGUAAAAAUGCUUUGGAUGAUGCUAGCAAGCCACAGACGAGAGAAAUCAGGAGGAAAGAUCCAAAAUAAAAUGAAGACUGUUUUAGAAACAGAACCACACAAAGAGCUUUCCUGCUGGCAGAUCUGGCAACAGAUUGCAAGUGACUUAACCCAGUGUGAAGGCUCCAUGAUAAAGAGUUCUCAGUUCCCCAAACAAGGUGAUUCACCUGGACAGGUUGGGGCCGGACUGUCUGAAACUCACACAGGUCAGAAACCUGAUCAGUGCAGUGAAUUUAAGAAAUAUUUCAGUGAUGUCUCCAACUUUGAUCUUCAUCAACAAGUACACUCAGGAGUGAAGUCUCACACAUGUCGUGAGUGUGGAAAAAGCUUCUGUUACAGUUCAGCACUUCAUAUUCAUCAGAGAGUUCACCUGGGAGAGAAACGCUAUAAGUGUGAUGAGUGUGGGAAGGAAUUCAGUCAGAGCUCAUGCCUGCAAACUCAUCAGAAAGUCCACACCGUAGAGAAGCCAUUCAAAUGUGAGCAGUGUGGGAAUGGCUUCUGUCGUAGAUCAGCACUUAAUGUUCAUUAUAAAUUGCACAUGGAAGAGAAACCUUAUCGUUGUGACCAAUGUGGAAGGGCCUUCAUUCAUGCUUCCCAUCUUCAGGAACAUCAGAGAAUCCACACCGGGGAGAAACCCUUCAAAUGUGAUAAAUGUGGUAAGAAUUUUCGUCGUAGAUCAUCACUUAAUAGUCAUUGUAUGGUCCACACGGGAGAAAAACUGUACAAAUGUGAGGAGUGCGGGAAGUGUUUCUUUUGUAGCACAAAUCUUCACAUCCAUCAGAAGGGCCACACGCGAGAGAAACCUUAUAAAUGUGAGGAGUGUGGGAAGGGCUUCAUUCAGCCUUCUCAUUUUCGGGCCCAUCAGAGAAUCCAUACUGGUGAGAAACCAUAUGUAUGCAAAGUGUGUGGUAAAGGCUUCACUAUGAGUUCAAAUCUUCAGGCACAUCAGAGAGUCCACACAGGAGAGAAACCAUACAAAUGCAACGAGUGCGGAAAGAACUUCGGGACGAAAACCCGUUACCAGGUUCAUCUGGUGGUACACACGGGAGAGAGACCCUAUAAAUGUGAAGUAUGUGGGAAGGACUUCAGUCAGAGAGCAUAUCUUCAGUCCCAUCUGAAGACGCACAGCGUAGAGAAACCUUACAAGUGUGAGGAAUGCGGGCAGGGCUUCAAUCAGAGUUCCCGACUUCAGAUUCACCAGCUGAUCCACACCGGAGAGAAGCCACACAAAUGUGAAGAGUGUGGGAAGGGAUUCAAUCGUAGAGCAGAUCUCAAAAUUCACUGCAGAAUCCACACUGGAGAGAAACCAUUUAAUUGUGAGGAGUGUGGGAAAGUAUUCAGGCAGGCCGCAAAUCUUCUAGCGCAUCAGAGAAUCCACAGCGGAGAGAAACCUUUCAAGUGUGCAGAGUGCGGGAAGAGCUUUGGUCGCAGUUCACACCUGCAAGCCCAUCAAAAAGUGCACACUGGAGAAAAGCCAUACAAGUGUGAGGAGUGUGGGAAGGGCUUCAAGUGGAGCUUGAAUCUGGACAUGCAUCAGAGGGUCCACACAGGAGAGAAACCCUACAAGUGUGGGGAGUGUGGUAAGCACUUCAGUCAGGCCUCAAGUCUUAAGGUUCAUCAGAGUGUCCACAGUGAGGAGAAACCGUACAAAUGUGAUGUGUGCAGCAAGGUCUUCCGCCACUCUUCACAGCUACAGUCUCAUCAGAGGGUUCACACAGGGGAGACCCCUUACAAGUGUGAGACCUGUGGUCAGAGCUUCCGUUGGCGAUCCAAACUUUCACAUCAUCGCAAAACUCAUGGUGGCAGUACGGUUUAUGAAGGUAACAAGAGUGGUAAGAACAUGAAGGAAUUGUGUGUGGAAAGAAGUUCUCCAAAAUGACGUUGUGUGGAACCCUGAAUUCUUACCAUCAUCGAGUCUCAUAAGAGAGCAAAUACUUGUUUGGUUUAGUUGGUAUUGAAGCAAUAAUUGAACCGAUCUCGGUUUUCACCAGAUCACACAGUGGAGAACCCUUAAGUGGUGUGAUACGUCUUUGUUCAGAAGCACUUAGAUAGUACUUAGGAAUAGAGUUUGGUCUGGCCUUUAACACAAGUAUAAUGGUGUGCAUGCCAGAAUUCAUAUGCACUAGAAUGUAAGCUGCAUGAGGACAGGGACUUUGCUGCUAAAUAUACAUAGCCCUCAAAGCUGGAGGCAUCAUAAUUCUGGACUUCAAGUUAUAUUGCAAAACUGUAACAAACAAAAUAGUAUUGUACUGGCACAAAAAUAGACACAUAGGUCACUACAACGGAAUAGAAAACCCAGAAAUGAACCCACAAAUACAUGGUCAGUUAAUCUACAACAAAGCAGGAAAGAAUAUCCAAUGGGAAAAAUAGCGUUGGGAAGACUGGACAGCAACAUGCAAGAGAGUGAAAUUGGACUGCAUUGUUACCCCAUACACAAAAAUAAAUCCAAAAUAGAUUAAAGACCUAAGUGUGAGACCUGAAACCAUAAAAGUCCUUGAAGAAAGCAUAGGCAGUAAUUUCUCUGAUAUCAGCUGUAGCAGCUUUUUUUCUAGAUUGAUCUCCUGAGGUAAGAGAAACAAAAGCAAAAAUAAACUAUUGGAACUACAUCAAAAGAAAAAGGUGCACAGCAAAGGAAACCACAAAACUAAAAGGCAGCCUACUGAAUAGGAUAUUUGCAAAUGAUGCAUUCGAUGAGGAGUUACUAUCCAAAAUAGAUGAAGAAAUUGUAAAACUCAACACCCCCUCCCCCAAAAAUCCAAUUACAAAAUGGGCAGAAGACCUGAUUAGACAUUUCUCCAAAAAGACAUCUAGAUGGCCAGCAGACACAUGAAAAGA